AUGCUUGCACAUUGUGCCCAGCUCCUUGCCCUGUCGAGCCUGCUAUCGUUGCCUUCCUUGAUCGAAGCAUUUCUAGGUCCUGCACCACGAGCCCGAUCGCUUUCAACAGGCCGAGACAGGACCCCAGUAGCAUCAUGUGUCGUCAUGUCUGACCAACAGCAGCAGUCAAACUGCCGUAGCAGCCGAUUGCUCACAGACGCUCCCGCCACCCUGAUCAGUGAAGCAGGCCGAGAAGCAAGGGGUCGACCAGACCAAGGACUGGAAGACAUCGUUCCCCUGGUCGCAGCCUUAGAGGCAGCCUGCAAGGGGAUAUCGAUGCUGGUGCGGCGAGCAGCAAUAGCGGGAGCCACGGGUGUCGCUUCAGGAGGCGGCCAAAACGCGGGAGGAGAUGAGCAGAAAAAGUUGGACGUCGUUUCGAACGACCUCCUGAAGGGUUUCUUGGCGAGGUCGGGGGUCGUGCGAGUGCUGGCCAGUGAGGAGGAGGACGAGCCUGUAGUGGUGGAAGGCAACGACGACGCGAGAUAUGUAGUCGUGUUCGAUCCCUUAGAUGGUUCUUCGAAUAUCGACGCUUCAAUUCCUACCGGCACUAUAUUUGGGGUCUUUCUAGCGGACUCAAGCAAGAGCGCGCGGGAAAAUGCUCUCCAGCCUGGCAACAAGCUGGUGGCCGGGGGUUAUUGUCUAUACUCGUCGUCCACGGUGAUGGUCAUCAGCCUUGGGGCAGGCACGCAUGUGUUCCAGCUCGACAGAGAUUUGGGCGAGUUCGUGCUCACGAAGCACAGCAUCAAGAUGCCGGCCAGAGGCCGAAGCUACUCGUUGAAUGAGGCGCGAGAGCCGGACUGGCCGGAUGGGCUGAAGCAGUACAUCUCGGACAUGAAGACGGGCGCCGGGCAGAGCGGGGAAAGGUACAACCUGGUGUACGUGUGCUCUCUCGUCGCCGACGUCCACUACACGCUGUUCGAGGGAGGCGUCGCCAUGAACCCAAGGAGCCAUCUUCGGCUCGUUUACGAAGGGAACCCGAUGGGUUGGGUGGUCGAGCAGGCCGGAGGACGGGCUUCCACCGGCGUCGCAGCGAUGCUGGAUAAAGAGCCUUCUGAUAUUCACGAGCGAAUCCCGACGUUCUUGGGGUCGGAGGAUGACAUCAUGGAGCUCGAGAGAUACGGUGAUGUUCAGCAGCUUGGGAACAAAAAAUACGCCGCCUGAAAAUAAAGUUCAGCAGCUGGAGAACAAACAAUACGCCGCCUGGAAUCCAGUCCGACGUCUCGGAUUGGCUUUAUCCUCGCCAUUCGGCUUCGGGAGUGGCAUGAGCAUAGAGCACCAGGGGAAAGUCCUGCGAGGCGCACAGCUUAGAAGAAGAGGGCUCCAGGUUGAAAAUGCGGGCGUUUUUGGCGCGGUGGCGGAGCGCUCUUGUAGAAUACGGUUGCGCUUACUUGAGAGUAAGACUUUCUGUGGAAUGCACCGACUAGUCGGAUGCUUGUAGAAUAUGGUUAGCUGUGAGAGAGGAAUAGUGUGCAGGUUCGUUGGGAGUGGUGCUGGUGAUUCUCGGACAGAAGAACGCCAUCCCACGCGCGUCUGGGGAUUGUUCAAUAUCACAACAUGAGUUGUGUCGGUGGGAAGAUAUGUGAUGCAGCAUACGUCUUCAUGUCAGUAGCGCCGGUGAGCUCGUGCGGCCGCACGUUUCAUUCAAAGGACCAUUUUGACAGAUAUGCAUCAAUCGCUACACGUUUGCACGUUAGACGCGCUCUCGCUGCAGUCUAGUCUAGACUACGCUUGCAUUAUUUCAAAGAAUUGUUGCCAGAAGUUCCGAGUUGGUUCUCUUUUCCAUGACACGGUAUAUUGCGUACGCGGGAUCACCGCGUUGUUGGGUAUUUUUUCGCGCGCGGGGGGGGAGGUUGACGUACUUGAAGC